AUGCAGUCCAAUGAGAAUUUCGAUGCCCUGAAACGGGGAAUCACACAAUUGACGAAGCUCCGACACCCUCAGGUGCUGACUGUGCAGCAUCCUCUGGAGGAAUCACGUGACAGUCUUGCCUUUGCUGCAGAGCCAGUCUUCGCUUCGUUGUCUAAUGCUCUGGGAUCUCUGGAGAACUGCCCCCAACCCAUCCCCAAGAGCCUGAAGGAUUACAAACUCCUGGACGUAGAGAUUCGAUAUGGAUUACUGCAGCUCGGAGAAGGUCUCGCUUUUCUGCACAGCGAUGUCAAGUUACUCCACAGAAAUUUGUGUCCGGAUUCUAUUGUCAUCAAUAAACAUGGGGCCUGGAAAAUUUUUGGAUUUGACUCCUGCGCACUGAAUCAGAAUCCGCAGGAUAAACAGCCAUCCUGGAAUUAUACUGAAUACGAUCCAAGUAUUCCUAGUGUUGGCCAGCCACAUCUCGAUUAUCAGGCACCUGAGUGCAUCGUUGCAGGAAGCUGUGGACCACCAAGCGAUAUAUUCUCCCUGGGAAUGCUAGCAUACGUUCUACAUUCGCCUGGUAACCGACCACUGCACGAAAAUCACGGAGAUGCCUCAAAAUGUCGAAGAUUCUUCGCUGACUUCAAGGGGACCCUGAGUGCCUCUAAAUUAGGAUUUCUCCCUGAAGGCUUCAAGGAUGCCGUAAAGCUGAUGCUGAGUGGAAAUCCAGAGCUCAGACCCGAUGCCCAUCAGUUCAUCAGAAUCGAGUACUUCAUGGACAUCGGUGUGAAAACCCUGAAUUAUCUAGACAAAUUAUUCCAGUGGGAUAAUCUCCAGAAGUCGCAGUUUUAUAAAGGACUCCCUCAAGUUCUCAAGCAGUUACCACACAGAGUUGUACUGCACAGGGUCUUACCCUGUCUUUACAAAGAAUUUGUCAAUGCACCGAUGAUACCUUUUGUUCUACCAAGUAUUUUACAAACUUUGGAGGAAUGCUCUGCCGAGGAGUUCAGUGAACACAUCUUACCGAAUUUGAAACCAGUUUUGGCUCUCGAAGAACCACCACAGAUAAGUUUGGUCCUAAUGCAAAGGAUAAAUUUACUCCUGAAACUCUGUUCUGCUGAAGUCAUAAAAACAGACAUUGUGCCAAUGCUAACAAGAGCCCUGGACUCUCGGACUGAACAACUCCAGGAGCUCUGUCUAGCUGCAUUACCAUCAAUAUCAACUCUGAUUGAAGGUCCAUCGAUGAAAAACGUAAUCAUCCCGAGAAUAAAAAAAAUAUGCCUCAAAGGAACCGGAAGUAACUCGAGUCUCAGUGUCAGAGUCAAUUGUUUACUCUGUCUAGCAAAGAUGUUAGAGCACUUGGACAAAUGGAUCAUCCUGGAUCAGAUCUUACCUUUUCUCCAAGAAAUCCCUCAUUCUGGUGAGCCUGCCAUUUUGAUGGCGAUCAUAGGAAUUUACAAAAUGGUUCUAACUCACAGCAAACUGGGAAUAAGUAAAGAAAUGCUUGCCACGAAAGUUCUGCCAUUUCUCCUUCCACUGUGUGUAGUUCAGAGCCUGAGUCCUUCUCAAUUCGAGGCAUUGGCGUCUUUAAUCAGUGAUAUGGUGACUCGAGUCACGACAGAACAUCGUGAAGCGUUGAGACAAUUGGAUGCUGUGAGGAGAGAAGCACAGCAGUUGGAUGAAGCUCUAUUACAAACUACGAGUCCUUCAGUCAAUAUUUUAAACGAUUCAUUCUCGAAUAAUGAUCUUUCCUCAAUUAAUAAUUCUACUCCAAUGAAAGAUGGAAAGGGUCUUACGAUGGAAGAAAAGCAUAGAUUAGCGAAACAACAAGAGACCCAUCAACGUCUCCAAUCGCAGAGUCCGCUGACACCGAAAGCAGCUUCGAAGCCAAUGAAAAUUAAUCCGAAAGAUCUCACCAGUACUUUGUUGGAGAACAAUCUUAGUCAAUUGAAUUUAUCCGCGAAAGUCCCAAAUUCUCAGCCGAACUACUCGUCGUUGACGUCGACGUGGAACUCAGGCGGGAAAAAUCAGUGGGACUGUUUAACUGAUCGUGUCGGAAAAAUCAAAAAUCAAAUUAAUUCGAUCGACAAUGGAAUAAUGUAUCAACACAUGUAA